GUGAUUCGCUAGAUACAAACCGCGCUCUAGACCUUCUCCUGUUUCUGGCUCCGCGCAUACCCUUACGGGACCUCCCUGUCAUCGCCCAUGCCUAUACUUCGUAUUUCUGGGCACAGUUGUGCAUGCCAUGCUCAUCCACCACUUCCUCGUGCGUCAUACUUAUCACGUGUAAUUGGAGCCUGCUUGUGGUUUUGUUUUGCACUUCCUGACGCAGUUUGCCGAGCUUCUUCGCCGCAAAGACCCCAUGUGAGAAGACUAUCAGCUACAAGGAUUCGUUACUUACGAUAUAGACUACCAGCGAAUGGAAUUCGUGGAAAUGACUUUCGAUGCUCAGACAUAGGGGUGGGGAAUGAAUCAGGGGAUGUCGGGUAUGUAGGUAUGUCCUAAGCAUCGGCAAUAUGGGGGUGAGCGGAAGAAGCGAGUAGCAUGAACCUGGGGCUGAAUGCCUAUCCGUACUCUGUAGAUUCCUAAGAACGAAAUGUACGUCGAGAGCAAAAUAAUAAUAAUAAUAGAUAAAAUAAAUAACAAACAAAAUAAAAUAACAAAUAAAAAAAGAACAUUAAU